GUGCGAGAACAUGUUUUUGUCCAAUGGCAUGGGCUUUCUCGGCAGCCCCCCACGACAUCCAGGAGACAUCCAGCAGAGGCCCAGGUUUGACCCCAUGGGCCCUAGCGUAAGUCCUACAACAUGGUGAACCUUCGGAUUUUCAAACACGCCCCUGGGCCUGGGGAAAAGUCAUGCGACGAAGGCCCAGGAGGUCCCCGGAAUACUUCACAUGUGGAGUCGGGGUUUUGAGGACGAUCCACUCAAUGCCAACGUACGGCAUGGUGGCGGAUAUUGAGUGCGUAAUUCUUUUGCCGGACCUCAUGCGCAGGCCUGAAGCAAUGCUCGUAUUUUUCACCCUAUUGUUUUGUGGCGCAAUGGGUGCACGCCCUACACCAGAUGAGAUGGACCUCCACGUUGAUCCAGUGACCACCAAUUCGUCGAUUCCGGUUGGGUCCUCAUCUUUCUUGGACGGGAACACCGAGGUUUCGGAUUCUGCCGGCACUUUCCCGGUGUUGAAGCUGAUCGGGUUCUUGACCCGCGAGCUUCAGGAGCAGUAUCUCCCAAGCGACCCGGACAAGUUCUGUUGGAUGGCCUCUUAUGGCAGGGGAGUCGGCAAGGUGCUCUCCCACUGCAAGGGGGGCGGCAGACUUGUGGCCGGCCUGUGCUACCAGGGCAAAGACAUUGUCGGCACCAUCCUGUCGUGUCCUCCAGAGGAAGAGCAGAAUGGAGCACAUUGUGCUACCCGCGCUGCCGCCCCGGCUACCACGGCGUGGGGCCCGUGUGCUGGGCGGCCUGCCCUCCGGGCUGGGUGCAGUGCGCGCUGGGCUGUGCAGUGGACCAGGCCAGCUGCCUCGGCAACGUGUGGGGCCAGGUGCAGGCUUUGCCACCGGACGCUAUCCCCGCCGACGGAGCUUUUGACAUCGCUGAGUCGAUCAGGAAGGCCAUCAAGCAGAGUCUGGGCAAGGCAGUGGCCAAAGCAGUGGUUGGACUGGUUGGCCAGGCGGCGAAGAACGCCGCGAAGGCGAAAGCCACAGAGGUGGCGGGUGAUUUGCCGAGAGAGAUCAUGA